UUGACAAAAUAUUUAAAUGUUGAUAACGGAUAAUAUUUGAAUUUCGAUAGAUCAUGGAAACUAUAAUCUAUAAUUUAAAAACAUAAGUAUAUGUAAAAAAGUCAAAUUUUUAUUUAACUAGGUGUGGGGUUAGUGAUGAACAACCGCCACCGAAAGCUCACUGGCCUCCAGCUUCAUCGAGUCGAUCUCAUUAUGUACAUAUACCAUCUAGACCAGGAUGGACCCAAUGGAAAAUGCAGCUUUAUUCCAAGACCGAGUAUCAUCUAGCUGUUUAUCCGGACGGAAGAGUUUUUGGAACGAAAGAUGAUACGGAUUUGCACACUUUUUUGGAAUUGAUGCCCGGAGGUGGCACGUCUUUGGUCAAAAUAAAAGGCUUGUUAUCAAAUAUGUACGUGGGGAUGAAUCAUAAAGGAAAAUUAUAUGCCGAGCCAGAUCCUUUAAGUGAUAAUAUAAUAUUCAUAGAGGAUUUUCAAGGGCUCUAUACAACGUAUAAAUCAAAGAAGUUUGAAAAAAGAGGUUGGUAUAUUGGAAUCAAGAAAAAUGGAAAGUUUAAAAGGGGGAGAAAAACUAAGGCGGGCCAAAAAGCUAUCAAGUUCAUACCCAGGAGGAAACGAUUUGAAUAA